CAUAUUCUUGGCCAAGAUGCUACCUUCCAUGGGGUCCCACCCUUUGGACCCUUCAUGGCUCCAUUAGCGAUAAGGAUGUGGUCCUUUGCAGGGGACUAACGUCUGAUUGAUACUCUCUUCCUUGCUCCUGAGGGUCGAAUUGGUUGGCUUCCUGAACUUGUGGUAGCAUCACCGGCUUGUGAGUUCAGAUGGUUUGCUAUCGAAUGAUUUCUGCUUUUGGGUUUUUUGGUCUCAUGGGUUCUAAUUUUGUAUGUACAACAUAGAAGGGAAAAUUCAUUUUUGUGAAAAUUGAUUUGUGUGUUGUUACGUGAGGCGGGUUUUUGCAGGAAAGUGAAAUUAGUUGGUAUUGGUGUUGUUUCUUGUUAAUACCUGAUUUCUAGGCUCAAAUUCAAAGAUAUUGAAGGUUGUAAGUUGGUUGGGAUUUAGAUUUUUCAUUUGGGUAUUUUGGAAGGCUGGAGAAAGAAACCUUUUGUGGGUCUUUUCGAUUUUGAAGGACGAGAAUCAUCAGAUACUUCUAUGGUCAUUUUUGUGUGAAUUUCUGGGGCAUAGGAAAAGAAGCAUCCAUUUUUUGUUGUCAUCAGUUCUUGCGUGGAAUUUUGAUAAGGUGAAACGUAUGAAGCCGAGUUUCCGAAGAGAAUUGAGAUGCAUUUCUAUUGGGUAUGUGAACUUCGAAUUUUGAGUUCGAAUUUGUUAUAUUUGUUUCUUUUGACAGCUUGGAACUGAAUCACUUGUCAUGAUUUAACGGGGGAUAUUGAAAAGGAGUUGGUUCUUGUGUUGCUGUUUUUCAGAUUUCAGUUAUGAAAAUUUCUGUUUAUGACUUUAUGGAGAGAAGAUAGAUAAUGGAAAACAGAGGAAUGGGUAAAGGAUUCUAGCUACUGAUUGUUUAAUAAGUAGAUUGGUUUUCUUAGUUUUGAGUUCUCAACCUAAUAGUAUAAAUCACCAGAAUAUAAUCGUUAUUUACAUACCUCACCUCCCCAAGGUGAGCAAAUUUCUGUGUGCUUGAAUUAUUUAUAACCUUUGAACGGGAAAGAUGCAGCGAGUUCGAGUUUCAUCCUAUCAGUCUCCAGUACACAAGUUAGGAAAUUCACAAAUGACAUUGUCACCCAAGUUCAGAGUGGCUGUAAGCCAAUCAUCAUCUUUGAUGUGUUCAUCAUCGGAUGCAGAAUUAGCUCUGCAUGGAGAGCCUCUCAUCCCCGGCCUUCCUGAUGAUAUUGCUAUCAACUGCCUCCUCCGGCUGCCAGUACAAAGCCACCCCGCCUGCAGAGCUGUCUGUAAGCGAUGGCAUCUGCUACUAGGUAACAAGGAAAGGUUCUUCACCAGAAGAAAAGAGCUAGGUUUUCAGGAUCCCUGGCUCUUUGUCUUUGCCUUCCACAAAUGCACUGGGAAGAUCCAAUGGCUGGUCCUUGACCUCACCCACUUCUCUUGGCACACAAUUCCAGCCAUGCCUUGCAAGGACCGUGUGUGUCCCCAUGGAUUUAGGUGUGCUUCCAUUCCUUCUGAAGGCACCCUUUUUGUCUGCGGGGGCAUGGUAUCUGAUAUGGAUUGCCCCUUUGACUUGGUACUAAAAUAUGAAAUACAACGAAAUCGUUGGACUGUUAUGAACAAGAUGCUCACUGCACGGUCAUUCUUUGCCAGUGGAGUGAUUGAUGGGAUGGUCUAUGUGGCUGGAGGGAACAGCACAGAUCUUUUUGAGCUUGAUUCUGCUGAGGUCCUUGACCCUGUCAAAGGGAAUUGGCACCCCGUUGCAAGCAUGAGCAUUAACAUGGUUUCUUAUGAUGCAGCAGUUCUCAAUGACAAGCUUUUUGUGACUGAAGGCUGGGUUUGGCCUUUCUUAUUCUCUCCAAGGGGCCAGGUCUAUGAUCCUAGAUCAGACAAGUGGGAAAGUAUGUCUGUUGGGCUUAGGGAAGGGUGGACGGGGUCAAGUGUGGUGGUUGAAGGGCACUUGUUCGUGGUUUCUGAACAUGAGAGGAUGAAGUUGAAGGUUUAUGAUGUUGAAACUGAUUCUUGGGACACAGUUUCUGGUUCCCCUCUACCAGAGCAGAUAUGCAAACCUUUCUCUGUAAGUUCAAGUGAUCAUCAGAUCUAUGUUGUAGGUCUUAACCUUCAUAUAGCUGUUGGUCAUAUCUGGUGGAUAAGACCCAGCUGUACCUCCAGGGAGAAGUCCAGCUUCUUUGUUCAAUGGCAACUGGUGGAUGCACCAGAAGCCUUCUCUGACUUAACACCCUCAAGCUCUCAGGUUCUGUUUGGUUAGCUCUUUAUAUUCUCCUGGCAUUGCCCUUAGCAUCAUGUUGAAUGGCAUCUAAUUAUAGGCUUUGUAACUGUGAAAAAUGCACAGAUCUAGUUGUGCUUUUACUUGUUUCCUUUCAUCUUUGUUCAGUAGGUUCUUGUUGUUACUUGUUAUAAUAAAGGAUGAGUUGGUUCUGUUUCUUAAA